GUACAAGUAUACAAUUAUACCUAUACUAUCAUAAUUAUCGUUUGCAGUUGUAUGGUGUUGUUUUCUCUUUUCCGUGAGGUUAUGCGCACAUUAAUAAAAUGAGUUUGAGCAAAGUAACUAUGAAAAUUGGCAAAAGACCUAAUCCUUAUCCGCCUGAAAAAAUUCGUUGCCAAAAAUGUUUGGAAAUGGGUCAUUGGAGUUAUGAGUGUAAAGGGAAAAGGAAAUAUCUCCAUCGCACGUCACGAACAACUCAGUUAAAAAAAGCUCUUGAUGCUAAAGAUAAUGAUCUUGCAGAAAAUGAAGUUGUUACUGAAGAAAAAGUUGCCAAGAAAAAGUCUAAAAUCGAUGUCAGCUCGGACAGCGCAAGUAGUAGUUCCAGUGACAGCAGUAGCAGCAGCAGCAGCAGCUCUAGCAGCAGUUCCUCGGAUAGUGAAUCAGAUUCAAGUGACAGUGUGUCUAGUAGUACAACAAGCAGCAGUAGCUCAAGUAGUAGCAGCAGUAAUGCUUCUAGCAAGAAGUCUAAAAAGCCUAGUCAAACAAAAAAAAAGAAAAAAAAAUCAUACAGCUAGUAGCGAAAGUCUUUUUUUUUUUUUUAAUCAUAUUUUGUAACUUGUUCUAUCGAACAUCUACAUUUGUAUGUGGUUAUAUUAUUAUGUAAAAUUUACCUUUAUUGUUUAUAAAACAUUUCUUGUUUGUACUCUCAGCAGAUUAUCGAUUUCAAAUUUACCUUUAAACACCAAGAACUUAGAUUUCAACCAAAAUUGAAGAGUAUAAAAAAAGUAAAAAAAAUAGGUUUUACAGUACAUUUUAUAACAGGCAUUACACAACUUGAAACAAAAAAAUUAUCGUGUAGUUGAUUCGUUCAUUUUAUUACGUUAACAUGACACCGUAUAAUUUUGUUGACAUUUGAAAAAUUCAAUUGUAAAUGUCAAGAUUUAUACUAUUGAUUUGAUAAAAUAAUUUUGAAAGUCAGUUUCA